ACGAUCAAAGUUUUUACCGCUAGACAUGAAGUAAGUAUUUCUCYUAUAAAUAUAUCAAUCUCUAAUCUCUUUAAACCAAUGUCCCAUAUCAUAGUAUUUUUCCCCUUACAAAACUCUUAUGUGAGUUUUUAUGGCUUCUUCUUUCAGUAACACCGUUAGUUUUCUCCUUUACACCGUUGUUGUCGUGGUCCUUCGGGUGCCACAAUCGAUAGGGGCGGUGCCAUUACCGUUUCACCCCCGCGAUGUGCUUCCUUUGUUACCCAAUCGAGUCGCCCGACCAGUCCUCAACUCUUUGAGCAGUGCUGUCGAUCUCCUGCCGAAGUUCGUCGGGGCUGCCAUGUCCGAUCCUCAGAAACCUCUCACGUGGUCAGGUUCUUGCUUCCGCAAGAACUCUGCUUGGUUGGACUUGAGGAGUGAUGGUGGCACGCUUCAUAUUGAGGUGGGCGAUGCUGUAAGUUUGACAUGCAUUGAUCUCUAUGUGUUCGCAACGCCAGAUCGAGCGACCGGCGAUUACUAUUUCAGAUCCAAAGAGCACACGUUCGAGUUCAAACUCUGGGAAGACGAAGCCGAAUAUGAAUAUGUGAAAGAGAAGGGGAUAUCGAUUUUUCUGAUGGAAGCGGGGCUACUCGGAACCCUAGAGGCGUGUUUCGAGGCGGUUCCUCUGUUCAUGAACGACGAGGAGGGAGAGAAGGCUAACCUGAGGUUUCUGGAGAAGAACAUGAAGGCGAGCUUCACGGAGCGGCCACCGGCGGCGUGGAUUUCCGACGUGGACGCCGACGACAUUAACUCCGGCGAUUUUCUUGCUCUGUCCAAGAUCCGCGGCUCCUCCGGCGCUUUCGAGACGCUGGAGAAAUGGGUCACCGGAGCUUUCGCGGGUCACGUCGCGGCUUUUAUAAGGGAUCCCCAAGGGAAGCUCUGGGUCGCUGAAUCCGGCCGCGAAAGUGAUCAGGGAGAAGUGAUAGCAUUGACAGCAUGGGAAGAAUGGUGGGAGAUUGAAAAGAAGAAAGACAAAGCAAAUCCCCACAUUGCAUUGCUUCGUUUGAGCUCAGAAAUGAGAGCCAAAUUCAACAACACCGCUGCAUGGGAGUUCGUGAGCAAAAUGAAUGGCAAGACAUAUGGCUACCACAACCUCAUUUUCAGCUGGAUCGACACCUCCACUGCAAACUAUCCUCCUCCCCUUGAUGCCAAUCUCAUUGCUGCUGCCAUGACUGUGUGGAAUAAGUUGAAGCCUCAAUCUGCUACCAAUCUUUGGAAUGAAGCUUUGAACUUGAGACUUGGAACUCAGGGACUUGAUUUUCCCCAAAUAUUAGAGGAAGUUCAGCAGAGAGGAUCAUCUUUUGACAAACUACUGGCAAUUCCAGAACAAGACAAUUGGAUUUAUGACAAUGGAAAAUCAGUAACAUGCGUUGCUUUUGCUGUUUCAAUGUACAAGGAAGCUGGCCUGUUUGGUCCCCUUGCUCCCACUGUUCAAGCCACAGAGUUCACUGUAAAAGAUGGGUACACAUUGAAAUUUUACGAGGAUGAGCUAAGUAAGCUGCCAAAAUGGUGCAAUGAGGGAGACUCAGUGAAGAUGCCUUAUUGCCAAAUAUUGGGAAAGUAUAGAAUGGAACUGCCUGAAUACAACACCAUUGAUCCAUACAAACAUAUGAAUGAGAACUGCCCUUCUUUGCCACCAGACUAUGCCAGGCCAAAUGAUUGCUAGAAAAAAUUAAGUCCCUUUUUAACUUCAUCACUCUCUACCAACUACUUUUAUCUUUGUUGUAUCAUGUAAUAAAGUUGUGUAAUAAAGUUAGGUGUCGCUUUGCUUAUGAAUGAAAUAACGUGAGAGUGUAGAAGUGGUUUCUCAAAUGUUAAAGGCUCCGUUUACUUAUCAA